AUGUUUCUGAUUGCGGUUUUUGGAAAAGAGAGUUAUAUUCGAGUUUGGAGGGAAGAUUUUGGUUAUGAUGGUCCGAAAAAUGAAUUGGAUGAUUUGGAGAAGAGAUAUGAUUCGAAGGUUUGAGAUGGGGAGAAAUUCGGGAGCUGAGAUGUUCAGGAUGUAACUGCGGAGUUUCGUAGUUUUCCUGACUGUGAAAAUUUUUUGAAAUUUAAAAUUUUUUUUCUCAAGUUGAUCAGGUGUAAUUACGGAGUGUUGUAGUUAUCCUCUGCUAUUUUUGAAUUUUGGAAAUUCAUGCCAAAUUUUUCUAAAAAUCUGGAAGUGUAAUUGCGGAGCCUCGUUUGAAUUCCCCUAAAUCCAAAAUUCUGAUUCCAGAAAAUGAAAAAAAUCGACAAAGCCAUUCAAAUCAUGAUAAACGCCACCGACAAAUGCGAUUUCACCUCCGAAUCUCAGACGGGAAAACAAAUCGCAAAAUCAGUGCUCCAAGGAUUUCAGAAAUGUGUUGUUCCGAUUUUCAACUAUUUUCAAAAUGAUUCUAUGCGAUUUUUCGAGAAUUGGGUGAAUUCCUCGAGAAAAUGUGAUUAUAUUGAUGAAUUUCGAAAAUUGAAUGUUCACGGCGUGGCGAAUAAUGAAGAGAUCAAAUGGUUGAUUUAUCCGAAAUGUGUGAGUUGACAGAAAUACAACGAUACUCCGCGUUUACACCGAUUCUUUGGUACGAUAUUCAGAUUCAUCAUUUUCGGCUCAAAAUGCUCCAGGCCUGUUUUUAGCUCAAAAUUUCAAUAUUUUCAAGCUUCCAGGUUAAUUCUCAAGGUUCCAGGUUGAAAAAUGAAGAAUUUUCUAGAUUCUGAUAAUUUUUUAUCUCAACAAAAAAAAAUUUGAAUUUCCCAAUUUUCCCGCCGAAAAGAAAGGUGUAAAGGCGGAGCUUCGUAGUUUUCUUUAAAAUUUCUUUUUGAAUUUAAAAAUGUUUCCCGCCAAAAUUGCUCGAAUUUCAAGGUGUAAACGCGGAGCCUUGUAGUUUUUCCCUUAAUUUUUUUUUGAAUUUUCCAAUUUUCCCGUCAAAUUUCAAAGUGUAAACGUGGAGCAUCGUAGUUUUCCCUAGUUGUAAAUUUUUUUUGAAUUUCCCAAUUUUCGCGCUAAAUUUAAAGACGUAAAAGCGGAGCCUCGUAGUUUUCUUAAGAAUUUUUUCAAAUUGUGCAUUUUUCCCGCCAAAAUUGCUCAAAUUUCAAGAUGUAAACGCGGAGCAUCGUAGUUGUCUUUAAUUUUUAAAAUUUCCCAAUUUUCGCGCCAAAUUCCAAGGUGUAAACUCGGAGCCUCGUAGUUUUCUUCAAAUUUCAGCAAGAAGAAAAUCAUCACGUCACCCUAGGCGUCGGCCGAAACAUCAACGCUGAACGAAAACUCAAAAAACAUCAACCCAACACAAGAUUCUACGCAGUCGAUCCGAUGAUUGAAGUUAAUUAUGAUCUAGUCACAGAUCAACUAAAUGGCUCAUUUUUUGCGUUUGCACUGGCGAAUGAGACAAAACCGCAGACUUUUUAUGUAUUGAUUGAUGAUGGAACAUUGAAAAGUAGGUUUAAAAAAAAUUCUGCCCCGGCUAGGAAUCGAACCUGCGACCUUGUGACGCAAAAGCGCUGUCGCUAACCACUAUACCAAGGAAGCUUCAUGGAAACCUAGGGUUUUUUUCAGAGAAAAGGUUGUAUGUCCCGAGACUUGUGCCAACUUUAGAUGUCGCAUUUUUCUUCGAAAAGUUACUGCAACUCAAAAGAAUUGAUUCAAUGUUCAUCGACAUCGAAGGCGGUGAAAAUUAUUUCCUAGAAUAUUUCAAAAAAGAUGGGAAAUUCGAUAAAAUCGGUCUCACAAUCUGCCAAUUUAACUUCGAAUUUCAUAACGGACAUAUUGGUUCACACGAAACUGAAAUUCAUCGAUUAUUCAGGCAAACAAUUGAGGAUGAGAGAUAUAUUUUCAUGAGAGCUUCUCAUCAUACACCGGGAUUUUGGAAGAUUUAUUUUUUGAAUAUUGAAAAUCGAGAGUGUGUUAAGAAGUUUUUUGGGUGA